AUGGGCAGCCAAAAGGAUACUCGGCCCAAUUUCCUCGUCAUUGUUGCUGAUGACCUUGGCUUCAGUGACCUUGGCUGCUAUGGCUCCGAGAUAACAACCCCUCACAUCGAUUCGCUGGCCUCCCAGCAAGGGUCUCUGCGCUUCACACAGUUCCACGUUGCCGCAGCUUGCAGUCCUACUCGUUCCAUGCUUAUGACGGGGACGGACCAUCACAUUGCUGGACUUGGACAGUUACACGAGUUUGUGCGCAGUUCACCAGCUCACCAGGGCCAACCAGGCCAUGAAGGUUAUCUACAUGAAAGGGUAGUUGCUCUUCCAGAGCUCUUAUCUGAUGGAGGGUACUUUACGAUCAUGAGUGGCAAAUGGCAUUUGGGCCUACAAAAGCAGCAUCUGCCCAUCAAGCGCGGCUUCAAGAAGAGCCUGGCACUGCUGCCGGGGUGUGCGAAUCAUUACGCGUAUGAGCCUGAAUACCAGGAUCCCACCUCAGAGCCCGGGCGAUUCUUCGAAACCGCAACUCGAGCCCUGCAUGCAGAGGACGACAGCUAUCUAAACGAGAAAGAACUCGGCGAGGACUGGUAUUCGUCAGACGGCUAUGCGAGUCGGAUGAUUUCUUACCUGGAAAACCGUACCGAUGAGGAGCGUCAGCAGCCCUUCUUCGCCUACCUCCCCUUCUCCGCGCCACACUGGCCGCUACAAGCACCCAAAGAAGUGUGUGACAAGUACAAGGGUCAAUAUGCAGACGGGCCGGAGGCACUGCGCCAGAAGCGCCUGGAGCGACUCAAGUCUCUCGGGCUCGUCAGUCAAGAUGCAGUGGCCCACCCCGUUGUAACGACAGGGGCUGAAGUCAAGAACUGGGAAUCUCUCAAUGAGGAGACACGUGCCGCCUCUGCAAGGGCCAUGGAGGUGUACGCGGGGAUGGUGGAUCGCAUGGACUGGAACAUUGGUCGUGUUCUUGAUUAUUUGCGAAAGGCGGGCGAAUUCGACAACACUUUCAUCCUGUUCAUGAGCGACAAUGGUGCUGAGGGGGCGAGUUAUGAGGCGAGCCCCUUGGUUGGCGACAGCAUCAUGGCGCAUGUGAAUAAGUACUACAACAACAGUCUGGACAACAUUGGCAGGGGAGACUCGUUUGUCUGGUACGGCCCUCUUUGGGCUCAAGCCGCAACCGCACCAUCAAGGCUGUACAAGAUGUUCUCUACCGAGGGAGGCUGCAGGGUGCCCCUGGUAGUAAAGCCUCAUUCAGGCAUUAACAACCACCGCGGCAGCGAUGGCAGUGGUGUGAUCACUGACGCCUUCUGCACCGUCAUGGAUAUCGUGCCCACGGUUCUGGACCUCGCAGGGCUGAAACACCCGGGCACAGAGUACAAUGGCCGCAAGGUUGCGUCUCUCCGUGGCCAGAGCUGGAGAAGCUAUCUCGAAUCAAUCAGUGGCUGGAGCCGAAAGUCGCCUAUCCAUGAGGCUGACUAUGUUGCCGGGUUCGAGAUUGCGGGAUCCGGAGCCCUGCGCCGCGGCAACUGGAAGAUUACGUUUGUGCCCGCACCCAAGGGUCCUCAGCGGUGGGAGUUGUUCAACCUUGAUGCUGACCCUGGUGAGACAAAUGAUCUGAGCAAGGAGGAGCCAGAGAGGCUCAAAGAGAUGCUGGUUUUGUGGGAAGAAUAUAGAAAGGAUGUUGGCGUCGUUGGCCUUGCUGGCGAAUACCCGAAAGCCGUCCAGGGAGCACAGCAAACCACGCUCAAGGACGAGAUGGAAGAUCCAUAUGCUUGGAUCAAGUAUAUAGGGCGGCCAGGAAUAACGCCAAAGGAGCUGGCAGAAGUGGUCCCAACUGCAUAA